AUGACUAUCACUAUCACCGUCGAGAAAGAUGGAUACUACGAGGUCAACGGGACCCGGCAGGAGCCCACUGUCUCUCUCUAUGUGAUUCCUGCAGCUUCCAAGUUGCGUCGCAUGCUGAAAGACACCAAAGAGCUUAUCGUGUGUCCUGGUGUGUAUGAUGGCCUCUCUGCUCGCAUUGCCAUGGAGGUUGGUUUCAAGGGACUGUACAUGACUGGUGCUGGAACUACCGCAUCACGCCUGGGAAUGGCUGAUCUCGGGCUGGCCCAGCUUCACGACAUGAAGACCAACGCUGAAAUGAUCGCAAACUUGGAUCCCUUUGGACCUCCAUUGAUUGCAGACAUGGAUACUGGCUACGGAGGCCCUCUAAUGGUGUCAAAGUCUGUGCAGCAAUACAUCCAGGCGGGCGUGGCUGGCUUCCAUAUUGAGGAUCAGAUCCAAAACAAGCGUUGUGGCCACCUCAAUGGCAAGAAAGUCGUUGGCCUGGAGGAAUACCUCAUGCGAAUUCGUGCCGCCAAGCUGACCAAGGAUCGCUUGCACUCGGAUAUUGUUUUGAUUGCACGGACCGAUGCACUCCAGCAACAUGGCUACGAGGAGUGCAUCCGCCGGCUGAAGGCUGCCAGAGAUAUUGGAGCUGAUGUUGGACUACUUGAGGGCUUUACUUCAAAAGAGCAAGCCCGUCAAGCAGUCCAGGAUCUGGCACCUUGGCCUCUUCUUCUCAACAUGGUUGAGAAUGGAGCCAGCCCUCUCAUUACCACAAAGGAGGCCGAGGAAAUGGGCUUCAGAAUCAUGAUCUUUUCAUUCGCCACCAUUACCCCAGCUUACAUGGGCAUCAAGGCCACUUUGGAGCGCCUCAAGGCAGAUGGAGUAGUCGGUGUACCUGACGGACUAGGGCCACGAACGAUCUUCGAGGUUUGUGGUUUGAUGGAUUCCAUGAAGGUCGACGCGGAAUCCGGAAAUGACGGGUUUGCCGACGGAGUCUAA